AUGGGCGGUAGCCUUCACUCUCCCACCCUCUGGAGCAACUAUGGCACGCACCAAGCGCAGACCGCUCGCAAAUCUACAGGAGGGAAGGCUCCCCGCAAGCAGCUGGCAACCAAAGUUGCCAGAAAGAGUGCCCCCGCCACAGGAGGAGUCAAGAAGCCUCAUCGAUACAGACCUGGCACAGUCGCCCUGAGAGAGAUUCCUUUAGAGAAGAGCACUGAGCUUCUCAUCCGAAAACUGCCAUUCCAGCGUCUAGUGCGUGAGAUUGCACAGGACUUCAAGACAGAGCUACGUUUCCAGAGUUCCGCUGUGAUGGCCCUUCAAGAAGCCAGCGAGGCAUACCUAGUUGGCCUCUUUGAGGACACCAACCUGUGUGCCAUUCACGCCAAGAGGGUUACCAUCAUGCCCAAAGACAUCCAGCUCGCCCGUCGAAUCCGCGGAGAACGCGCCUAGAACCAUCGGUACAGCAUGUAGCCCAUGCACCGCAUACACAAACGGCUCUUUUCAGAGCCAC